ACUGAGGGCUUACCACUGAGCAGCUGGAUGAUUACUCCAUCGGCUGGGAGGAGGCCGGCUUUCGAGGCACCGGCGACUAUCAGGAGUACGUGCGGACGUACCUGAUGCGUCCCUUGAGCGGCCGUCGAGCAGAGGGGGCCAGGCCUGUAGCAUCGGCGGCUGGGGCCGGAGCGGGAGCAGGGGCUGGAUCUUCGAGGAGGGCCCAGGUCCGUGGUAGGGGCGGAGUGCGGGGAGGACGAGGAGCUGGCUGGCCUGCCCUGCCUGCUGUACUGACUUUCCAGGGGCAGGGUGGGUCGACCUAUCAGAUCCCCUUCGCCCCUCCACCGGCUGGGCAUGAGUUCAUUGACAUCCCCGACCUUCCGCCGGCUUCUUCUGAGUACACCCGUCAGUCGUUGGCGAUGAAUGCCUCGAUGAUGGGGAUGCUCCAGCGGACAUUUGACCCCCUGGCCGUCUACAGCAUACCGGUAUGUCCUUCUGACACUGGCCUCAAACCAUUCAUCCACUGCUUUACAUAAUCUGAUUCAUGGCACAACACCUAAUACACUGAUCUCACAGUAUCUGAACACUGCAUACACUGCAUUCUGCACCGUACCCUAUACUGAUAAA